AUGAGUGAUACCAAAUCGCGUCUACUGAGUUUCUUGACGAAUAAUAAAGUAGGAUUCUUCCAGGAACAGGCAGAAUCGAAAAAUGUCCACACACCUACAGAAGUUGACAAGUUGAACGAAAAUGCAGCGAGUACUAAUGAGAAAGUCUUGUGUGACAAAACAAAUGCAGAUAUUAAAAGUUGCUUGAACAAUAAUCAUAAUAGUGUUAAUCAUAGUAAAGAUAAUCAUAGUAAAGAUAAUCAUAGUAAAGAUAAUUAUAGUAAAGAUAAUCAUAGUAAAGAUAAUCAUAGUAAAGAUAAUCAUAGUAAAGAUAAUCAUAGUAAAGAUAAUCAUAGUAAAGAUAAUAAUAGUAAAGAUAAUUAUAGUAAAGAUAAUAAUAAUAAAGAUAAUCAUAAUAAUAGUAAUAAUAAUGACGAUGAAAAAGAAAAUUUAAAAAAAAAGAAAAGCGGAACAGUUUUAAGUAAAAGAAAUGAAAAUUCUAUGUUCUCAACUGAAAAUAAGGAAGAAGCUAAUGUUGAAACGUCAGUGGUGGAAGAGAACGCCAAAGAGAUAUCAGAAAGUCAACGUGAUAGUCAUAAAAGUGGAACAACUGAGCGUGCAAAAUUAGAAGAAGAUAUAUCAUCAUCGAACAAAAAAUCAAGUCAGAAUAAUUUCUCAGACGCGGCGUAUAUAAAAAGCCUUAGAGACGAGAUUGAAGAAAGAGCAACAGGAUUAGAACCCUUCCCCAAAUAUGAGAGUAAGCUAAAUCCAGUUGCGCCGGAAUUCAAGCCAAAAAACUCGUUGUACAUAUACCAGAAGAUUCAACAGCAUACAAAAAAGAACAUAAUAUUAUUAAUAAAAUCAUUCGGAUACAAAGGAAUUAAACUAGAAAACAUUUCCGGGGAAUACUGCAAAAAAUAUAAUGCACUUUUGAAUCUAAGCCAUGCAGGAUUUACCAACAUUUACGAUUUGUUGAGAAGUUUGGAUCACUGCCUAAUAUAUGAAGAAGUGCAAGAAGAGGGGAAGAAGGGGGGAAAAAAAGAAGUAAAAGCGGAAGUAAAGGAGUUAGACGAAAAAGGGAAACGCACAAAAGAAGAGGGCAUAAAUGCGGAAGACACAAAUGUAGAAGGUGCAAAUGAGCAAGAUACGAACGUUCAAAGUGAAACGAACAAAGGGACGCUCCAACAAGCAGAGGUUGGACAUCUCGCUCAGAAAAGUGAUAAACAGGGAAAUGAACAAGUGCAGGAUGAUAAUGAUUACUUACAAGAUAAGGGAAAUAAUAAGGAAAACACCAAAGUGCUGGAAAAAAAUUUAAUAAUAAAAUAUAAAACGCCUAAAAUGAAUGAGGAAAGACAAUUUUUUGUAAAAAUAAUUUUAGGUACACUUGCUGAAUGUACUAAUUAUAACUCAAAACUAAGUGAUGAAGAAACAUCAAUAAAUAGUAGUCUCUCAUUAACUAAACUACAACAAGAAGUGAAAAAAAUAUUCGGAUCGUCUUUUAAUUUAAAGGCAUUACAAAUUCGUUGUGGUAUAGAUAAGCUGCAACCAUUUUUAGAAGAAAUACAAGAAAUACAAUUAUUUUUUAUAUCUAAUGAUAUAAAAGUUCGAAUAACUCCUCAAACAUUCGACUGGAAAAUUCCAAAGCUAAGGUACAUAAAAUCAUUAACAAGUAAUGAUAUGAAGCCGAAUAAAUCCCCCUCUUCCAAAUUAAAUAGUAAGAAAUAUAAUAUUUCUUCACAAUAUACUAUGAGCAAAGGUUAUAGUUAUAAUUCUUUCAAUGGAGAGGAAAGUACAUUCAAUAUACCUUACAGUAGGAACAAGAACUCUUUUGAUAGUAUCCUACAGCUAAGAAAAACAAUGGAUUCUAAUAAUAACAUAAAAAAUAAGCAAUUUACAUCUAAUUUAGAUACUUUAUUGUCUUCCUCCAAAGCGCAUAAAAAUAAAUGGAAAGGAAUGUUAUUCGGGGAGGACUUCAACGAGUGCACAAAUGAACUCAGUUCGAACCUGCUCAGCAGAAUAAAUAGUAGCAACAACAGUAACAUAAACAGUAACAUAAACAGUAACAUAAACAGUAUUAUAAACAAUAACAUCAACAGUAAUGGUAAUAUUAAUAGUAACAGCAAUACGAAUAUUAAUAGCACUGCCAACAUUAAUAGCAAUAGCAGCAUCAAGACUAGUAAUUUCUCGAGCGACCUAUUGAACAGAUGUACUACUAACAUAUUUCUUACAAACAAAGAUAAGUGUAGUAAAACCUACUUGCCUAAAAUAUUAACGAAAAUGCAGUUGCAUAUUCUCUUAUUCCAGCUAAUAGUUAUCAUAUCAGAAAGGCAAAAAAUUGAAUGGAAGCAGAUAAACAAAAUAAAGGAUCAAAUACUCAAGUCAAAUAGCAGAGCAUAUACAUGCGAUGACGAAGAAGGGGUGUACUUCGAACUGAGCAAAGAAGAAACGUGCACAAGCAAGAAAGAAGGCAAUGUAAAUAAUGUAAAAGGGGUAAAUGUGGACAGUCAGAAAACGGAUAAAAAAAGAAAUAACAUUUUGGACAUAUUAAACAAUUCAGGGACAACUGCUUCAUCUGAAUAUUUAAAUGAGAGUUAUAAAACUCAGGAUACUUCAAACCUGUACAAGUCAGAAAGUUUAACAAGUGAUAAAUGUACAAAGGACUCAGAUUUUUUUAAUUCUUACGAAAGGGAGAAAAAUGAAAAUUUAAAUAACAGAGAAAAUCAAGAUGGUAGCGCAAAUCCAAAUGACAGUGCAAAUCCAAAUGAGCAGCUGAUAGGUGUGUUUGUUUCAUCAAUUAAAAGCGAAUGGAACAAGAUAUACUCAGAUCAAUACCCCUUGAGUUUUUACCUUAAUUAUUUUAAAAUCAAAAAAUUAAGAAGGCUGUUAGAAGAGAUACCUAAUAUAAUUAUAGCAGGAUAUGGUAGAACUAUGCAAGUGUUCACCUUAGAUUCAGCUCAAGAUUAUUAUGAUAAUUUAUUUCCUGAUAAACCCACGAACUUUAAAAUAUUUACUAAAUCGAAAUUUACAUCUCUCAGUAGUUCUCAUUAUUUCAAGGACGCGACUUACAAGGACAUAGCCGACGCAUGUGUUAGUGGACAGACUGAUAACGUGCUGAACAUUUUAGGAGAAAAUUAUACGGACCCUCCCCAGUUGAGUGGUAAUAAAAUUUAUAAUAAACCCAUGCAAAAGUGGAACAAGAAAGAGAAUCAUUAUAACAACAUGGAUUGUUAUAGAGAUAUAAAUAAGAAUAACUACAGAUAUGAAGAUAUGGAAAAAAAGAAAAAAAAAAAUUUAUUAUUUAAAAAUGAAAAUUUAGAGAUGUUACGAUAUCAUUUAUAUAAACUACUAUACAAUUUAGUUAUACAUGUUUGUAAAAAGCAAAAUUCUUUAUUCUUAAAAUAUAAAGAGAAUGGAAUUAUACUAAGUGAGUACGAAAUGAAUAAACAGUUAUGUGGUCCUGUUUAUUAUUCCUGUGACUUAACAUAUGAAGAUUUUAUUAUAUCUAAAAAAUCAUUUUUUGAAAAGGAUCAGAUAUCAAAAAAUGUAUAUCUCUUAGCACAACAUGGUAUAUAUGGAAUCAAAUUUAUACAUCUAACAAAUGAAUGGUUUAAGUUAUAUACAUGUGAAUUACGUCCUUUGAUGAAAAUAUGUAACUAUGAAAAAAUUGGUGAAAUGAUAUGUAGCAUGCCAAAUGUACUAGUUGCAGGGGAGGGCUUUGAUACGAAAUAUAUACCCAACACGCAGCUAGAGGUUAAGCCUAAGUAUUUUAACAGCUUCGCCACGGGGAUUACUACGAAAAUGCCUUCCGACAAUUUCGGUAACAACAAAAUCAAAUAUCAAAAAUUUCAUCAAGCAGAUACAAACCUUUCGACAAAUAGAAACGUGGCAUGUGAAAGUAUAAUGGGAUUACUGUUUCCUAAUAUUAUUUCUCAAAGGAGUGCCAAUAUGCCAAAAAAAUUUAGCAGUAGGACUACUAACUUUAGAGAACAUAAUGAUUAUAAAAAGAAUAAAUCAGCAUUUCCCGACGUGUACAACUCAUACUCAUUUAAUAACGAUAUAAAGAUAAAUCAUCUAUUUAAAAACCUACAGCAGUGA